AUGAAUUUGGGAUUAGAAGACCUCCGCUCGCAGCACCGACACGCCGCCCGAGUGUUCGCCGAGCACUUGUUCAUAAAACCGACCGUAGCCACCGACGCCCAAUACCAGAAUUUGGCGGAUUUGGAGCCAUCUGGAGACAUAAUUUCGACCCAAAACGCGCAUAUGUUUCUUCCGCCGAAUAUCGACCCGAAACGUGUCACGAAAAUCGAAAAAGUGGAAGUGACCACCGAGAUUCGUGAUAAUAAACCCGUUUUCGUCUAUCAAUUCAAAUGGUUCGAGAAAGAUUCGAAGGAAAAAGGGAAAAAAGCGAAAUUAGGCGGUAUUUUUACGUCUGGAACCGAAGAUUCUGGAUCCGAGUCAUCUGAAUCCGAGGAGCCGGUGCCGUUGGUCAAGAAGACGUCGUCAAUGAUGAAAAUUAACGGAAGCGUCCGUUGCGAUGGUCCUUGCGGCAAAAUUGUAGAUCAAACGCGUACGAGUCAAUUCGGAUGUGAUCAUACUAUCUGUGAUACGUGUCUUAAAAAGAAUCCGUCGGCCGCCUUGUUUGACGGAUCGCCCGGUUGCUGUAACGAAAUGUGUGUGAAAAUGGCAGGGGAUAAGGUGUGCGCUGGCCAGUCGGAUUCGGUGGCGUCGGUUUGUACGCAAGUUGGCGCAGUGGAGAUGAUCCCAACUCACAUCUCAAUUCUGAAGAAUUUCGGACGUGACAUCCUCCGUACUCAAAUCGAAUUCGAAUACUCCUCGUCGGCACGACUUUCGAGUAUUAUCAAGAGUUUGCAACGUUAUAAAGACCUCCUUGUCAACUCUCGCUUCUACUAUUCCACCGUCAAGCCGACUCGCCGUUCCGAUCUCAUUCCGAUUGCACUCACCGACACAAAUCUCCGUUUUUAUGACAUUGUCAGUCUGGAAUCGUCGAAUCCGGUACUCUAUUUGGCUGUCGUUGCGAACGGUAUCCAGUUUAGAGACUCGGAGUCUCCGUGA